AUCUGGCUCUUUGCUGAAAUGGACCGCAAGCUUUCCCACGACGAUGUCCAGAAGUUUUCCCACGGGGAAGGUGAGAGGUUUGCAGAACUGUCACCAUGCGAACAAGAGCUCUUCUCCCACAUGUCCCAGUGGAAAAAUAGCAGAGAACCAGACUUCUACCGAGUGAUAGACAGCAGUGACAACGAGCUGUUGCAAGGACCAGACGCCAGAGCACAAGAGCUGCCCCAGUGGCCAGAUAUUGAUGAACGAAAGCUGUCCCGACGGGAGGAGCAUGUGAGCAGUCAGGAGCUCUCCCAAUGGAGAAAGGACAUAGCCGUGCAAACGAGUCCCACGGAGCAGAACAUCUACUGGGAGAUGCUGGGCGAGGUGCUGCAGGAGGUCCAGGCACUGAAGCUGGAGCUGCUUGCCCUUCAACAGGUGUUGGCUGGGGAUGAAUCAGUAGACACAGCCAAAAAUGAAGAGAGCUCAGUGCUUUCCCCACACAGCACCCCCAGCCCCUUGCCUGCCCAGCUGAGUUCCCAAGCCCCCAGGGAGCAGCAGGAGGAGGGGGCAGCAUCAGCAUCUGUGCGGGCAGUGCAGGAGAGCGAGGAUGGGACCUUGACUGGGGAGGACAAAGACUGGGAAGAUGACAUCGAUUCAGAGCUCUCCCAGUGGGAAAAUAAGGAACAGGCAGAGGUGUCCCACAGAGAAAUGAACAACUCCCAAGAAGUGUCCCAGGGGCAAGAGUGCCCUGAGCAGGAGCCGUGCAGCCAAGGGCCGGCGCCUGCCCCGCACAGCCCCCCCAGCCCCUGGCCUGCCCGGCUGGGAGCCCAGGCCCUCCGCGGGCAGCCGGCUGCACCCGGGAAACGUCCCUCCCGCUUCAGGCGGGCGCUGCGGGCGCUGCGGGGGCUGUUCUGCUGUUCCUGCCUCAGGCCACGGACUGCAGAGUAAAACGGACACGGGAAAAAAUAAAGAGGACAAAGAUGACAUGGCAGAUGAAGAAGAUGAAGACAGAGAAGAAGAUGAAGACAAAUAGGAUGAAGAAGAGAAAAAAGAGGAAGAAGACAAAGAUGAAGAGUAAAAAGACAAGACAGAGAACAUUUAUUUAAGAGUAGAUAGAAGAAUAUAGUAAUAGGGAUUUAGUAAUACUUAGAAGAAGAGUACUAGGAAUAGGAAUAAGAAUUUCAAAAUAUGUAGAAGAAGAAGAAUAGGAAUAAGAAUUUUAAAAUAUGUAC